AUGAAUGUGAUCGAAGCAGAUCCAUCUACAUAUUCGAUGAAGACUCCUAUAGCAAAUUAUUUGGAAAAUACCUUCUCAUCAGCAGAAAGACUACAAAGUUAUCCUGGAGUUGAAAGAAACGAAUAUGAUUUUACAAGCGAAAGACACAACCUUUAUACAAGCAAUUUAAUAGAAUCCACUGCUCACCUUAUCAAAGGCUGUCUAGGCGCUGGUAUUCUUGGAAUGCACGAGGCAUACAUGCGUGGAGGACUUUGGGCUUCCCUUGGUGUCACAGGAGUCAUAGCCGCUGUUUUGAUUUACAAUAUGUUAUCCCUCAUCAAAAGUGCUCAAACAAUGUAUUUGAGAUUAAGAGUUCCAAAACUUCCUUACCCUGAUCUGGUGGAAGUUGUGAUUGCCACUGGCCCGUGGACUGGCUGUCGAAAAUUCAGCAAAAUAUUCAGACACGGAAUGGAAAUAAUGUUGGUCAUAGGAUUUUGUUGUACCUGUAAUAUUUAUCAAAUCAUGAUGGCUACCACAUUCAAAGAGGUUCUAGAGGACGUUUCGGAAACAGUUCGAAAUUGGAGACUGCUUUAUCGAACAUACGUGAUAAUACUCACAAUCCCUUUGUUGUUACUCUGCUGCAUCAGAAAAAUCAAAUAUUUGUCUGGCUUGUCAAUCGUGGCUGAUAUAUUCGUUGUGAUGUGUGUGGCAACAGCUUUGUCCUAUAGUAUUGCUGAAAUAGGCGACAUCAGUUUACGACCCGCUUUCAAAGAUAUUAAUGGAUUGUUCAAUUUUGCUGGCGUCUUCCUAUUCAGUAUUGACGGCUUAGGAAUAUCGCUGUCAAUCGAAAACAAUAUGUAUAGGCCUAAGUAUUUCCCUUUGAUUACUUGGUUUGCCAUGACUAUUGUUGUAUUAUCUGUGACAGUUGUGGGUUUCUUCGGAUACUGGGCAUGGGGCGAGUCAUGUCAUAGUCCCAUCACUAUGCACAUGCCGCCUGAUCCGUUUCCAAUAAUACUGCAGUUUGCAUUGACAAUAGUGUUAGCUGUGUCAUUCUCAGUUAAUUUCUGGAUUCCAUUUAAAAUAUUUUGGCAUUAUAUGUCCAGAAAAUUUUCCAAUCGAAAUGGACAUUGGGAGAGGUUUUUUAGAUGUAUCCACGUAUUACUAAUAACUUGUUUUUCACUAUUGACGCCUAAUCUCAACAAGUUUAUGGGUUUGGCGAAUGAUCACCAUAUAAUCCAAAGGAUCAACGAGAUCACAAAGAUAAUAUAA